GCCGGGUGCCUCAUCCAUGCAAAUCCACCAGAUUACUGGUCAUGGAGAAAACUUGGCAAUAAUUUUUAGCAUAACUUUCCCCUUCGUGGUACGGAGUCCAAGUGGGUGUGGUGGCGAGAGGCGCUGACCUAAGGUGCCUUCGUGCGCGGAAAUAAGGAUAAUCGUUUGAGGAAAGCUGAACGCUGGGCGUGGAGCGUCCGCUUGGCCCGUGCACUUGGUUGAUGGAGAAAGAGGAGAGGACAGCGACUGGUUUAGGAGCAGUCCACUCGGAGAGAGAGUGGUGAGAGUCGGGGUGGUCCGUGUGCAUGAGAAGAGAGAGACGGGAGAGUGAGGGGAGCUUCAGACCAAGCUAGCACUAUUUACUACAACUGGCGGACGAAGCUCCAGACCACUAUUAUUAUUGCUAAGCACAUUGUACAGUGGACGUUCGUAGUUAGGGUUAACAAGUUCAAGGAGGUGGUGAAGAAAUUGUGUCCGUGUGACCUGAGCCGAAACGUCGCCGAGAGGAAUUCCAAGGGACGGAGGACAAGGGCGCGGAUAUCUGUGCUGGAGUGAUAGAUAGAUUUGGCUAUAAUAGAGCAUUUUUAGGGUUGGUGGGUGCCUGGUGCUGCUAGACUAGAGCUCUCUCACUCUCUCUCGUCGUUGCUGAGGUGGUAGGGAAAUAGGAGGAAGAAGAAGGAUAGAUCUGCUGCUGCUCGGUCGUCGGAUAAUGGACGAUCACCUUUUACACUCCGCCACCACGAACUCUAUAGGAAUACCCAUCUUCAAGCCCCUAACUGUAUACCAAUCUUAUCACCACUGCGCUUAUCCCAAUUAAUUAACUAAUUAAUUCUUGGGACACCACUUAACAAUAUUACAAAGGACGAAGGAAGGAAACGACUCAACUAUGCUAUAUGUUCCGUCAAUGGGGGAACCAUACUAAUAAUACCGGAGAAUUUAUACCUAUAUAUAUAUUAUAUAUGCACACAACACUUUUUAUAUAAGGAUAAGAACACGAUGUCGGUCACUUGCCGUCUUUCUAGCGAGGAACUUAUUGAGGCCGGCUUACACACUUCACUUGGUCAUCAUCGUAUUCAAGACCAGAGGCAGUUGACAGUUUAAACAAUGUAGUAAGCACCAGAACUUGUUGGACUGAGCAGAAGCAUGAAGUGUUGUUUCCACAUAUAUCCACAAAGAAAGGACGACACAACUUGUUAUUUGCUAAAAUCACCAUGAUACAAAAACACCUUGAAAACGAACAAUGAGAUGAAAGUUUUGUGCAGGCAACAACUUUUGUUUGAACUCUGCCCGCUGUUUGUAUUUCCAAGUCGUGAAGACUAGAAAAGGAAUUCAAAAAAAUGAUAAUGUUGUUGGUCAACCCGAUUUGUUCUUCAACUUCUUAGUGGCGGAUUCCUUAAGGAAUGGAAAAUUACGAUUUAUUUGGCGAUGACCUCGGAAGUGUUGGAAUGCUUGAUGGCUUGGGGGAUUUAGGAGGAGGGAGUAGUAACAGUAACAACUUCAACCACUCAUCUAAUCAGCCCACUGGUGCAGGGAACAUGAUGCAGAGCUACAAUAAUCAACAACCUCAAUACACGCAGAUUGGACAGGGCAUGGCUCCUCCGUCCAAGCCGGGGGGCUAUCCUGACUAUUCUAAUCAGUAUGGUGGAGGACUCGGAGGCCCUUCAAUCCCACCAGGUCUCGGAGGUUAUCCCAGCUCCACUCCCACGCGCCCUAUGGCUGGCUACCCAUAUCCUCAUCAACCUUCCAAUGCUAGUCCCAGUAUGCAUUAUCAAGACUACUCAGUACAAAGCCAAGGAGGGAUGAUUCGCCCUCCUGGUCCUGCUCCGCAACAUGCUCCCCCACCAAGAAUGGCAACACCUGGCCCUGGACCUCAGUCUCAGCUGCAGCAGCAGCAGCAGCAACAACAACAACAACAGCAGUUUGUGGGCUACCGGCCUCCAAGUCAAGAGUCAAUGUAUCUGCAACAGUUUCCACGUUGGGGUGAGCAACAGCAGGUUCCUCCACCUCCUCCUGUGGGAAGUUCGUAUGGAAGUCCCUCCCUGGCUGCUCACCACUACCCAUCAAGCUCUCCUUCAGGGUAUCGUUCCUCCAUCGGCCCACCGCACGCCUACCCUUCCUCCCUCCCACGACCCCCUCAACCCAUGACGCAACAACAACAGUCCCCACAACAAAAUUCACAGGCCCCACCCACCGGUGGCGGGGGUCCCAACUCUAGCCAGCAACAGCAGCACAUUCCAUUUAUGCCCAGGCCGCAAACGCCAUCCAUACUUCCGCAACCUCCGCAGUCUCCGUACGGCCAAAGUAUGUAUCCUGGGAGUAAUUCAACUAAUCAGUAUCCAAACUAUCACCACGCUUCUCCUUCUUCCGUCGGCCAACUUGGGAGCAACAGCCACCCAAACCCUUCUUCCUCUUCAUCAUCUUCUCCAUAUUCUCACCAUACUCAACAACAACAGCAGCAGCAGCAUCAACAACAAUAUAAUUUGACAUCUCCAAGCACACAGCAUCAGUAUAGUAAUCAAUACGGACAGUAUUAUCCAACGGGAUCUAGUGGCUCCUUACAACAAAGUAAUCAGCCACCUCCUUCAUCUUCCGCCCCCUCCAUGGCAUAUCCCGGUUCAUACCCACCUCCUCCCGUUGCCUUGCCACCCUUAGCCAACGGAGCUCCACCAACAUACAGGCCAGGUUAUGCACAAGUCCCUCAGCUUUCUCCACGACAGCCUAUCCCUUCACCUCGACAAACUGCACCAAGUCCAAAACCUCCCACACCUACAAUUCAACAGUCUUCUAUUCCUCCCAACAUGUCAUCUCAGGGUCCACCGUCACAAAACAUCAUGCCACCAAACACGCAACAACAACCCAGUAGUUUACAACAAUUGGAGCAAAUGGUCAUGCCACAUGUGAAUAGUAAUAAGAACUCACCUUCUCCGAAACCACCUCAGCACAGCAGCCUCUCUUCUGCGGGUGGUGGGGUGCUGAGUCCUAUGAGCAUGAGCGGUCCUAAAACGCCAAUGUCGCCCGGAAUGUCGCAACAACAAGGAGGUCCAAAAACUCCAAUGUCACCAGGACAGUGGCAGCAACAAAGUUCAAUUCCACCGAGGGCCCCGAUAGCUUCAAAACCAUCCUACCUCCACCCCCCUUCUAACCAGCAGCAACAAGUCCCUUCUCCGAGCAAUUACGGGAUGAAUAGUAAUAGUAGCAGUAGUACUGGGCCAUCUUCUUACUCCAAUAUUGAAAGUACGAUCAAUAACGUGUCCAGAUCAACACAAGAAUCCUCAGAAAUAGAACUAGGGAGCAUGAGGGCAACGUUGGAUACGGACAGUGUUGGUGGUAUGGGGUCUUCCUCGACUGGUGGUCCCCCGACAUCGGUAGACGACCAGUUGAAACCUUCCACACAUCUCCAGCAGCAACAACAACAGCAGCGCCAUUCCUCAUUGUCUCAUGAAAUCAAUGGACUCUUGAGCGACGGUGGGUCGCUAGACUCCUCCUCCAACAAAGAAAUUCAAUCACAGAUCUCAUCGGGUCACUCGGACGAGCAGCGGUUCUCAAUGCCCACAAAUAAUAAUAAUAAUAAUAAUAGUAGUACCUCCUCCACAUCAUCAUUGUCCAACAAUAACGUAGCAUCAGAAUCUCCAAUGGAGGCAGACAAGCCCAGUGCGCUUACAUCUCUCUCAUCCCCUAUGGACAAUUCUCACAUGUACUCCAACUCUAGCCCCUCCACUACGGAGCACAAUCAAAACUCUGCUGGUGUGGGUCUCGCUGGCAUGCUCAAUUCUUCCUCAUCGCCCUCAACACCCAUGAGUAUGAACAUACCCACGUCGAGCAGUAGCAACAACAACAGUGGACCUAAUUCCUCCUCCAACAAUAGUCAACACCAACAACAGCCUGACUUUGGGUAUUCCAAUAACUCUUCCCUGAACGGGUUAAGUAGUUUAAACGGGAGCAGCGAAUCUCCUCAUCACCACCAACAACAGUCGUCAGGAUUAGCUUCUGGAUUGCAACACGCCUCGGGGGGUCAGAUGAUGGGAGCAAACAUGAUGGUUGGGUACCCUUCUUCACAACAACAACAACAAGGAGGAGGAGGAGGAGGGCAUGGUCAACAGCAGUACGGAAACUCUAAUAUGGAGCAGCAGCCAUCACAAUCUGGAGGAAAACCAUCUAUGAUGCCAAUUAUGCCUCCACAUCCUGGCGUGCCCAUGCAGUACCCCUCACAACCGAGGUUCCCCACAGACCCCACCAAUGGACCAUACAUGAACACCUAUCCGCCACAUGCGGGCGGGGCAGCAGGAGGAGGUAUGUACCCAGGCAGUCCCUACCACGGGCAGCCUAUGAGACCUCCUGGCCCACCACAAUAUUCCAUCAACAGCAUGCCGGGAGGACCCGACAGGUUCGGAUAUGAAAUUCAUCAGCUGAACCAACAGUUACAACACCUCUACUCCUUGCCCCCGAACCCGCAGAGUCAAGUACAAAUUAACGAAUUACAAGAGAGAUUACGUAAUCUUCAACAACAGGCCGCCCAACAGCAAGUUAUGCCUCCUGGAGGCCAGUACCCAAUGCAGCCACUCCCUAUGCAAGGAAGUAUGCCUCCUUACGGACAAAUGGGAGGUGGGAUGCCCAUGGAUCUCCUUCCCCCCGAAAAUGGUCCAAGCAAGUCAAAGAAGAAAAAGGGAGAGAGGAAGCCGAGAGGCGAGCCCAAAGCCAAGGGGAAGGGAAAGGGUGGAAAGAGCAAGACACUUCCCAUUAGCUAUGAUGACCCUGGGGAUUUUGGAGUGGGUGGAAUGGGAGUAAUCCCCCCGCAUGAAAUUUACGAUUUUCAAGAUAUACCCCCAGAAAUUCCAGUUAAGAAGGGUAAAAAAUCAUCCAGGAAACCAAAAGAAAAGUCACCCCCUAAACCAAAAAAGGCAAAAGAACCAAAGGAGCCAAAACCAUUAAAAGAGAAGGCAACGCCAAAGAGGUCAAGGAAGAAGAAGGGCCCUGAAGAGGGGGCUGAGGAGAGCAUGAACUCCUCCUCAUUUCCGGGAGGAGAAAUGAUGACGAUGACGACAAUGGACAGCGGAGAAGGGGUUGACAUACAACCAAAAACUGAGGGUGGUUCGGAAUCGGACCAAAAAAACGGGAUUGGUGCUGCUGGUAUCAUAGCAGCUGAAGCAGGCUCCUCUGCGCCCAUUAGCGGAGGAGACAUAGAUACCAGCACCCAGCAGGAUGGGAUAGCGCCAGAGGACAUAGGAGCUGCUGCAAAUACUGAGCUUGCAACCCCAGAAAAACCAAAAUCCAAGCCCAAGAAACCAAAACUAAAAUCUAGUUCUACGGGGAAAAAACGACCAUCCAAAACGUUGCUAGCUUUUCAAAAUAGAAAGAAAAGGAGACGAAGUGAUUCUGAAGUCUCUGACAUUGAACGAACACCGCCCCCUUCACCUCCUCCAGAGGAAGAUUCCAAUAAACGUCGAUCUGGACGGAACACACAGCGUAAAAAGUAUAUUGAUGACAUUGACCUUGCCCUGUCGGAUGACGAUCUGCUGCUUCCCGACAAAUCUCAGUUCAAACCCCUUGAGACCCUUGUACCUGUCGUUGUUGACGGGGCUUCAACAACCAUAGAUUCCAUGGCUGAUGCUCCCACGACGAACGGCCAGGGCCUGGCGACUGAUCCAUUGGAUCCCAGCACGGUUGCCGCCGACGCUGCUGCUGUUAUUUCCGGUUCUACAGGCCCUAUUGUCGGUACCUCUGCUCCUAUCCCCAUUGUAACUACCCCGGCAAAAAAGGGGAAAAAUAAUAAGACUGCCACUGAAGAAUCUCCUAAUUUAAAUAAACAUAACUUCUUUUAUGUGAAUACUUCUGAAGAAGAUACGAUGGUAGUUCAACACAUCUUGUCCACGAGAAUGGGUACUCGGGAACUUAUUGAUUCGUCCGACGACGAAGAUGAUGACGAUAAUGAUGUGAAAAAGAAGGACGUAAAGAUUGAAAAGGACGAAUCAACUGAUGUUAAAGCUACCGCCAAUGAUAAUACCCCAUUAACUGAACACAUUUCUACAUCACAAGAAGAAACUGCUGAAUGCACUGAGAAGGAAGAAAUAGCAAAAAUAACACAACAAUCUGCUACUCUAGAAAAUAAUGAUACAAUUGAUACUUCCUUCGCUUCUAAUCCGCCGACAGCACAACAGAAGACUGACUCUGGUAAUAAUUCAAAUGAACUGAUGACUGAUAAGAAAGAAGGAUAUGAUAUUACUACCCCAAUUACUACUACUAAUAGUAGUAGUACUGCUGAGCAUGAUGAGCCACAGACUGAUUCUGCCACUUCAAUUACUGCUAAUUCAAGUAACAUUUUGGAUACGAAAGAAAAUCUAUCACCUCCUUCUUCAGAUCCUCAAAAAGAUAGCGAGGAUAAACAACCCAAAACUGAAACUGAAACCGACCCCAAUACUAGCGGAAGUGAAAGUGACAAGACAAAAGCAGAUCAGGUGCCUCUUGAUGCUGUCACUUUGCAAGAGCCAACCGACCCCGCCUCCACCGAAAACAAUACAACAGCUACAAAAGCAACAGACAUCAAAUCUGAUGCAGACGAUGCUCUCAAGACGAAAAAGAAGAAAGAGCCUAGAACAAUUGAAGUUGAAGAAUUUUACGUCAAAUACAAAAGCUUCUCUUACUUGCAUUGUGAGUGGAAAACAGAGGAGGAAUUAAUGAAGGGAGAUAAACGAGUCAACGGGAAGAUUAAACGGUUCAAGCAGAAAAUGUCCAAUAAUGCUAACAUUUUUGAAUUCAUUGAAGAGGAUCCCUUCAAUCCUGAUUACGUUGAGGUGGACCGAGUGCUGGACAUGAGCGAAGUGAACGAUCCGACAACUGGGAAAGUGACCAAGAACUAUUUAGUAAAAUGGAGAUCGUUGCCAUAUGACGAGGCGACAUGGGAGCUGGAAGAUGACAUUGAUCCAGAAAAAUUGGCGCAAUUCCAUCGAUUUCACAAAUGUCCCAAAAAAGACCAAUGGAAGAGGAGGAGCCGGCCAAAGGCUCCCGAAUGGGUCAAGCUAGAUGAAAGUCCUGUGUACAAAAAUAACAACACCCUUCGCGAAUAUCAGCUAGAGGGGCUCAACUGGCUCUCCUUUUCAUGGUUCAAUGGACGAAAUUGCAUCUUGGCCGAUGAGAUGGGUCUUGGCAAAACAAUCCAGUCCCUAACUUUUGUAGACUCUGUUCACCGUACUGGGAUUCGUGGACCUUUCCUCGUCAUUGCUCCCCUCUCCACAGUUCCAAACUGGCAGCGAGAGUUUGAAACUUGGACCGACCUGAAUAUUGUCGUAUAUCAUGGCUCUGUGGCGAGUAGAAAUAUGAUUCAAGAGUACGAACUAUUUUACCGACACCCCGACAACCCUCAAAUGAACCUCAAAGAUUGUUACAAAUUCAACGUGCUCAUUACCACCUUUGAAAUUGUGCUCACGGAUGUAAUGGAGUUGAAAGACUUUCCCUGGAGAGUAUGUGUUAUUGAUGAAGCUCACCGACUGAAGAACAAGAAUUGCAAAUUGUUGGAAGGUCUACGUCUACUUAAUGUAGAGCACAGAGUCUUGCUUAGUGGAACGCCUCUACAAAACAAUGUCCAGGAAUUAUUUUCACUGCUCAACUUUUUGGAGCCCAGUCAGUUCAGUUCGGAUGAAAAUUUUGUUAAAGAAUUUGGUGACUUGAAAUCUGAAACUCAAGUUCAAAAACUUCAAGCACUUCUCAAACCGAUGAUGCUUCGACGACUGAAAGAAGAUGUUGAGAAGUCUAUCAUGCCCAAAGAAGAGACAAUUGUUGAGGUGGAGUUGACAAAUAUGCAAAAAAAAUAUUACCGGGCUAUUCUAGAGAGGAAUUUUUCCUUCUUGAGCAAGGGAACAAGUUCUGCCAACAUUCCAAACCUAAUGAAUACAAUGAUGGAGCUAAGAAAAUGUUGUAUUCAUCCAUACCUUUUAAAUGGUGCUGAGGAACAAAUCCAGUUGGACUAUAGACUGACUAACAAUCUGCCAGAUAGUGAUCAGGAUCUCUAUUACAAAGCCUUGAUUCAGAGCUCUGGAAAGAUGGUACUGGUCGACAAACUUCUAGCCAAGUUGAAGGACGGAGGCCACCGUGUGCUCAUUUUUAGUCAAAUGGUCCGCUGUCUGGAUAUUUUGGAGGACUACCUAAUUUACCGACAAUACCCAUAUGAAAGGUUAGACGGAAGAAUUAGAGGUUCCGUUCGUCAAGCCGCUAUCGACCGUUACAGCAAACCCGACUCGGAUAGAUUUGUAUUUUUGCUCUGUACAAAAGCAGGUGGACUAGGGAUCAAUUUAACUGCUGCCGACACUGUGAUAAUAUAUGAUAGUGAUUGGAAUCCCCAAAACGAUUUGCAAGCUCAAGCUAGAUGUCAUCGAAUUGGACAAAGCAAAAAAGUCAAAAUUUAUCGUCUUAUCUGCAGAAAUACCUAUGAGAGAGAAAUGUUUGACAGAGCAUCUUUGAAGUUAGGUUUAGACAAAGCCGUUCUUCAGUCCAUGAAUACAACCCAAGGGGGAAAAAUUGACCCUAAUGCAACAGCCUCUAAACAAUUGACAAAGAAAGAAGUUGAAGAUUUACUGAAACGAGGAGCAUAUGGCGCUUUGAUGGACGAGGACAAUGCUGGAGAAAAAUUUUGUGAGGAGGACAUUGACUUUAUUUUGGAACGACGAACGCAGAUCAUCACUUUAGAAAGCGGUGAGAAGGGCUCUACAUUUUCAAAAGCCUCAUUCGCAGCUACAGGAAUUCGUGAAGACAUCAAUAUCGACGAUCCAGACUUUUGGAAGAAGUGGGCAAAGAAGGCUGAAAUUGAUUUGGAUGAGGGGGGAGAAAAGAAUGAGCUGUUGAUGAACGAACCACGAAGAAGAACCCAAAUCAGACGAUACGGUCAUGACGAAGGAGUUAUGGAGAUUUCCGAACUGGACUCUUCUUCAGAUUCGGACGAAGAAGGCAAUGUCGGUGACAGAACUCGGAGUGGGAAAGCUGGGCGAAAAACGCGUAGCGGUAAAGGAAAACGUGGUCGACGUGGCAAUCUUGAAGACGAGUAUCAAAUUGACGAUGGGAUCGUGGAGUAUGGUAAAUGGUCAAAGAGUGAGUGCUACAAGAUUGAACGUGGCCUCCUCACAUAUGGAUGGAAAAGGUGGAAUAAAAUUCUGGACCAAGGGCAGUUUCGUAUCGGUUGGAACGAACAUCAUAUGGAAGAUUGUGCUCGUCUUAUCCUCCUGCACUGUGUCAACAACUUUAGAGGGGACGAGAAGGUCAAAAGUUUCGUAGCGGAUUUGAUCUGUCCUCAUGAGAAUGCGAACAGUAUAACCAGAAACCACUCUGGCCUUGCAAACCCUGUCUCUCGUGGUGGUCGCAAAAGAAAGAACAAGGAUAAGCCGAUGAAACCCGAGACGCCAGAGUAUGAAGACUGGAUGAAGGAGGACCGAUUUGAGACUGACGUCCACCUGGACCCCACGUUCAUUAAGCAUUUGUCAAAGAAUGCUAACAAGGUGCUCUUAAGGAUAAGAAUGUUGUACUACAUCAAACAAGAGAUUAUUGGGAACAAGGCUGCACAAAUUGACCUAGAAAUACCUGCAUGUGAAUUAAAUAUAUGUCCACCGAGCCUGACUGUUGAUAUUGGACCUGUCGAUUGGUGGGAUAAGGAUGCUGAUGCCUCACUCCUAGCGGGAACUUAUAAGCAUGGCUAUGAACGAUACAAUAUCAUGCGACAAGAUCCUGCCUUAAGUUUCUUAAAUCAGUGUGGCCCACCCGAUGGCUCUGCUGUUUUGGCAGAGAUAUCCGCUGAAGUAAAUGAGGAAGAAAUGGAAAAGGAUGUGGGAGCUGAUGAGGAGGACGAGGAAAGCAAUAUGGAGCCGAAAGAUAUCAAAGAGGAAAGGAAGGAACAUGUAUUAAAAGAGACUGAGGGGUCGCCAGAAGAAGGGAAGGAUGAGGACAAGGAAGAAGAUAAUAAUACUGCUGUUGCUCCUGGUACUGAUAAACCGUCUGGUGAACCUGUAUCAUCAACUGCUCUGCUUGAUGAGAAUGCAAAGCCUCUAGAACCCUCCGACCCAGAAAAACCAUUAUGGCCCUUUACAACUGACUUGAAUACUCGGAUUCGCAAAUUGAUUACUGCUUUCCAACGAUACUUUAAAAAAGAAGAGAUCAAAAAUGCACAAAAGGCAAAGAGGAUGGAAAGAAAAGAAAAGAUUGACCAGAUUGUCCGCGAUAGAGAACGUCAGAAAAUGGAAAUUCAGCAAAAGCGUUGGUCCAAGAAGGAGGAAUCUGAUUUCUAUCGUACAGUUUCAACUUUUGGUGUGCAAAGAGUUGAAAAGAACAAGUAUGACUGGUCAAAAUUCCGAGCGAUAUCUCGUUUGGAUAAAAAAUUUGACGACACUCUCACAGAAUUCUUUCGAGCAUUUUAUGCCAUGUGCAAGCGCAUCAGUGGUCAAAAGUUGUCAGAGGAAGAAGAAUUUGACCUUAUCCAAGUCCCUGUGGACCCUCUACCAGAAGAUAGGGCACGGAGAACGCUGGACAGAAUUGACCUUCUUAAUAAAAUCCGAGAGGAGGUCAUUCACAGUGACAAGUUGGAUGAACGAUUGAAACUUUGUCUUCCAUCUUUGGACAUGCCAGAAUGGUGGAUUGCUGGAAAACACGAUCGCGAUCUUUUGCUUGGUGCUGCAAGGCAUGGACUUGGGAGGACAGAAUUGUUUUAUGUUAAUGACCCGGAAUUGUCAUUUCGGGAGAUUCUUAGACGUCACAUGGCUGGUGAACCUUUGGUUGAUCCAGCCGAGAAAGCAGCUUACAGGAAUUCGACAACAGAAAGCAAAAUUAAAACCGAGCUGGAACCUCCACCACUCAAAAGAAUCCGACCGGACAUGGUUGAUAUUGAAAUACAGGAUUUGAAGAGUGAAAUUGAGAGAGAAAAGCGGAAAAAGUUAGCAGAAUCGGAGAACAAAAAGCUUGACGAAGGGGAUGCUGGAGACAAACCAUUAACCAAUGAAUUAGAUCAUCCAACAAUCAUGGUUGGAUCUGAUACAGUCGUCUCUAAUUCUGACACGCCCUCAAAAACACCACCUUCCGACUCUUCAAAUUCUGUUGAACCGGAAAAACAGGAAACAACAAAGGCGAUAAUAAAAGUUGAAAAACCCGACUUCGAAGAGAGCGCAGAUAACUUUGAAGAGAAAAAGGCUGAAUUACCGGUUGAUCUACGCGAUGAUACAAUUGUUGUUAAACAGGAACCCAUCGAGGCUGAAGAUUUAGAUAAAUCACAGCCCAUGGAGAUAGAUGAGGUGAAGGAAUCAAAAGAGAAUGACUCGGAGAAAAGCCUAGACGAUACUCCUGGUUCCGAAAAAGAAAAUAUUGCUGUUACUCCUACUACUACUACUACUACUAAUUCUUCAGAUUCACCAACAGAUGAUGUCAAAAAGACCUCAGAAGAUAAUGGUAUGCCCUCUAAUUCUGUAGAAAUCAAGGAAUCAGAAGAAUCUUCCAAUCCUGAGACCACAACUCCUGUACCUGCUACUCAUGAUGAUGAUAACCUAGUAAAGACCAAGGAAGUAUCUCCACCUCUUGCUCCUACUCAAGAUGUUCUACCAGAAAAGGAAAAGAUUUGUAGCGAGGAGGAUGAGAGUAAAGGCAGCAGCAGCAUGGAAAUGAAUGAAGUUCAAGUUGAAAUAAAGAAUGAACUCAAAAUCACCAUCAAGCUCAUGCACCAUACAGAAAAAAUGAACCGGGUUGAGGUGCAGGUGAAAGGAUCCCCAAAGUUCUCAAUGCCAGAACCACCUUCCGUAGUUCAAUCACUAAUCCCUCCUGUGGCUGCUGAGAAAGAUAAGGAAGAUCCUCCAAUCAAACUUCCAACAUUUCCCAAAUUCGACCCUUUCCUUAACACGGAUUCCAGCAAUGGGGACGCUGCUCUGAGCAGUCUGCUCAACCAAAUGAAUCCCAUUCGUUGGCCUCGAGAUCGAGCCGUUCAAAUUCGAUUAGAACACAUUGUGCACGCUAUUGAACACAAUGAGUGGCCUGUCUCUAGAUUCUUCAGUUCUGCCGCAAUGGCUGAAACUUUCGAGUAUUCACCUCAAGGAACUCCAGAGACGGCGACUCCCGUUCGUGAUACCCCCACGCCCAUCUCCGAAUGCUCAGACUUGGCUCCCACAGAAGACCUCAUAAUGAGUUUACCGCAUUCUAAUUCCUCAUCGACGGUAACAACCCCAUCUCACCUAGUUUCCUCCACCACUACCAUCACUCCCGUGCCUGGAACUGGGCGUCGUGGACGAAGAAGAAAGAUUGCCAUUGAUGUAGAGACAGAACGAGCCAAACUGCAAGCCCUGUUAAGCGGAUCUAUGCACUCAUCCAACAUCCUUUCCCAUAUUCCAAAUAAUCCUCGUCUCAGCGGUGCUCUGCGUCGUGAGCGGGGAAGAAACACUCCCACCAAGGGGCUCAAUUUAUCUCACAAUGAUAACAAUGAGAAGGAAAGUUUGGAAAGUCGCAUCGCCAGCCACAUGAAUAUUCCUCAGCUGGGAAAGAACUCGUCCAAGUUCCAACCGCCGCCUCCUGCUCAUCAACAUCACUCCAUGGCUGGCACUGCUGCCUCCCUCCUUCGAAAUUCUCACCAACAGCAGCAACAACAGCAACAUCGAGCUCGAUCACCCGUCACUCGCCGUGGGUCACCCGGCGGUGGGUUCAGUUCCCAAGCUCAGUCCUCCACUCUUGAUCUCAGUAUUAAAUCGUCGGGUCACAGCAAGGAUGUGGCAGCUGCAGCAAUGUCGGCUUUGUCAUCUCUCAGCAGUGUUACGGUGACACCGGUUACGCUUCCCUCUCCAUCUUCCAGGUCAUCUUCUAGAGACAAAAAUCGUGAUAUUGGAAACAGUUCUGGUGGGCUGACCAUUAGUUCUUCUCCCAUGGAUCUGUCCGGAGGAAUUUCAAAGCGUUCGAGGGAGAGUCCAUCAUCCCUCUUGGAAAAAUCUUUUGCUCAGCAGCAGCAACAACAACAGGAUGUCCCGUUCAACUUUUCCUCUAGUUCUCAACAACUACCAAAGAAAAUUUCAAAACUUGAAAACAUGUUGGACAAGUUGAAAAAGAGAAAGCUGGGUGAUGCCCCAGACUCUUCUGAUCCUAUGCCAGUGGAAAAGGAUAAAAAGAAGCGGAAACUAGACGAGAUUGUGUUUGGCUUGUCAGCUGCGAAGGGGUCGAGUGUGUUCUCCCCACCUUUGAUUCCAGAAAAGAGGUCUUCCGGAGCAAACCUUUCGCACUUGUCUUCCUCACUUCAGUCUCAACUCUCUCAACAAGCUGGAGGUGGUAGAAACAACUCGUCUUCUUCCCACUCGGGUGCUCGUAGCGGAACGCCGUCUCCGGCCAUCCCCACUUCUUCCCCCAAAGAUUUACAAGCAUUUCAAAAUUUCAUGUCCAACCCUCUACUCAGCGCCCUCUCCAUGUUCAAUGCAAAGGACUUGAAAGACCUUAAGGAUUUUAGCAGGUUUGCUGCAAAUGCCGCCAACAACUUUUCUGCAGCUACAAAGAAGGAUUCGGGUAGAGCCGGAGCUUCGGGAAAUACAUCAUCUGGUGGUGGUGGUGGUGGUACCACCUCACAGAAUCCAGAAAUGCCUAAAUGUGAUUUAAGUCGUUUAGCUGAAAUCGCCGUUCCAAAGUUUGACUUAUUUUCUCAAGAUGCCAAAGUCAACAAAUGGCUAGCUGAACAUGCCAACAUGACGCCUGAGCGGCCACCCUCUCCCGAAUUUGUUGACCGACGGAGACGGCGUCCAAGAGCCGAUCCGCUGAUGAUGGAUUGGAAUAAGUUGAGUGGAGAAGAAAAUGUACCUGUGAUUCACCGUAUAAAUGGGAAAAAGAUUACCGGACCGAAGGCCCCACAACUGAAGCAUCUUGCGCAAUGGCUAGUCGAAAAUUCUAACUAUGACGUUGACCCACGGUGGACUGAACUUGUAAAGGAAAGAGGAAACCUACCUAAUGACCUACAGAAGAGGCUACAAGGUGAAAAGAAAAAGGGACCGGGGAGACCCCCAACUCUGAGCAGCCCUCAACCAACCACGCCCACCACUUCCUCCUCCAACACCACCCCAUCCAUCCCUACUUCUACUGCUGCCAAUAAUGCAUUUGCUAAUCUCGGUGCAUUCGCUUCACUACCAGGAUUGUCAGGCAUAAAUCCCAGUCUCUUGGCCAGUUUCGGUGCUCUGGAUCCAAAAAAUCCAUUGUUUAUGCCAUUUGGUGGUUUAGGAUCAUUAGGAAAUUUGGGAUCGUUGGGAAAUCUGGCAAACUUGGGAUCACUCAGCGGCAUGGGAAAUUUUGGUCUUCCCAACAACCUAUUUGGGCUGGGUUCUCCAUUCAUGAAUUUUGGCCAAGACAUGUCGGGAAUGGGAUCCUCUUCAGGAGGAGGAGGAGGAGGAGAAAAGGGGAACACUUCCAAGGACUCGUCUCAACCAUCUGCCAAUUCAAGAAAUCAACAUUCGUCGUCUAAUCAAUCUAAAAAGGACGAGAAGGGAAAAAAGUCAUCAUCUUCUUCAUCUACAUCUGCCGCUGCACAAGCACAAGCUCAGCAAAAUUUGUUAUCGAGCUCUCUCCCAUUCUUAUUUCCUAACCCAGGUGGCCUCAUGUAUAACCCUCUAGGAUUAGGAUCGUUUCCUAUGGGGAGUGGAAUAUCGGGAUCGCCAUUUGGUAAUUUAGGGCAAGGUUCAAUGCUUAAUGGUCUGGGUGGUGAUGGGUCAUCUUCUUCGGGGGGUAACAACAGAAAGUCAGCCGGAAACAACAAGUCUGGUAACAACCCACUGUUAGCUGCUGGUCUUGCAGGCCUCAACAUCCCAUCCUUGUCCAAAAAGGACUUGAAGGACUUGGCAGCCAUGAGCGGGCACCUGAACUUAAAGAAUGAGCGAUCCAAGAGUGACAACAAUCGUAACAACAACGCUUCUGUUGCUGCUCCUCCUCCUCGCCCUUCUUCCAAAGAACAGGCAGCUCUUCCCUUGGCUGCAAUGUUAUCACAAGCUCAACCAUCGAUGGGAGUUGAUGACUCUGACGACGAGAGUCUGAAAAGCUUGAUGGGAAAUCAUCAAGACGAAUUGCCCGAUGAUGACCCAACUCCUGACGAGAAUGCAGAACGAAUUGUUCUCAGAGAGAGCAAGGAACUGGAGAAGGAGAUGGCUCAACAGAAAAUGGAGACGCGCCGUGAAAAACGGCUUCGUGAUCGUGAGGACCGUGGCGGUCUCAGUACCGCUGAGCGUCAGUUGCUGAUGGAAAAGAAGAAAGAGCGCUUAGCGAAAGAGGAGGAACUACCUUACCUUCGAGAGUCUGGUAGGACGCGCACCACCCGUGCUUCUCGCAGCCGUCUGGAAGACGCCGUCAGUAAGAUGAAAGAAGUAAACGAAGAUGCUGGUGGUGAUUCCCCAUCGAAAGAUUAGGCUGACAUUAAAAUAAAGUACUUUCAUUGUGACUUAAUUAGUUUAUUAAACUCGAAACUUGUGCUGCUGCUUGUUGGCAAAAAGCAGGUACAGAAGAGACCACCCCGUGUGCUGAACUCGCGUAAUUUUCUGUGCAUAAUUAUUUUAUUAACUAGGCUGAUGAUGAUAUGAGUAAUCGUGACACGAUAGUGGUUAAGAACCAACCGUAUUAGAUUAGAUAUAUUUAUAUUUAUAUAUAUAUAUAUUUAUUUAUGUAGAAGUACAUUUGUGUGUAUUUAUACCAUACAAUAUUACAUGUUAUUAAUAAGCCAGCCAACCUCAAGCUCCCCUUAAUCAUAAAAUUGAAGAUGGCCCAUUCGCCGUUGUUAUUGUUGUUACUACUACCACUGGCCACUGACCAUACAAAUUUAGCUGAUAUCCAACCGGUUUUGUAUGUAAUGAUAUGUAAAUAUAACUCGUAUUCAAUUACAACUUGGCUACAAUUGUGUAUAUAUAAAAGUAACGUUUUAGCAUAAAUAUUGAUCCUAUGAUCGCGAUAUUAUUAUUAAUUAAUUACUGGGGAACGGUAAGUUAUCUUUUGUUUUAAAAGGUAUAAAAUAAUAACCCGAUAAUACGAAACUUCCAUGGACUGAGUUUAUUCAUCAGAAGAAUCAGACAGAGGUACUUGUUCUUUCUUUGUUGUACUUCUUGGGCUGCUGCUGCUGCUGAGAUUUAUUUAAUUUUGAACAUGAUGCUGAUGCUGGUGAUUCGUUUGAAGUCGUUUGUCUAUUUUACUACUAAUUUAACUCCAAGUAUUAUAUUAAGUAUGAUGUGUAUGCUCUCAUUUUGUCCUUUGUAUUUAUUGUCCUGCGUUAUGAACUCAGCAAUUGUUCUCGUCUCUUAAAUGCUAGUUCAUAAAAAGAGUGGGAUUGAUUGAUUAUUACUAGUAAACUUUCUUGUUUUUGUUAUAAGUUUUUUAUAGAAAUACCAACACUAUUAUUUCUAAACCUGUAAUAUUAUAACGUAAAUAGUCUCAGGUUAAAGCAAGUACUAUUUAUAACCGUAAAUGAUCCAGAACCAUUUUUGUACGUGCAUCCAUUUACAUGUGUGUGUUACUUAGACUAAAACUAAAGAGAAGGAGGUGGUAAAAAAGAAUCGAAAGAAAUUCAAUAAAAAGCCGAAAUAUUUAUGAAA